AUGUCUGUCGCCAACGCAGGCAUAACUGCUGCCGCGACCGGUCCAGAGGCAGUGGAUCCACGAAAGGAUAGCGACGUGCUUACCCCCGACGUCCUCCAUGGUGAAGAGCAUCCCGUGGCGCCUGACCAGUUCGACCCAAAAUACCAGACCACGAAGUGGGAGCGCUGGGCGUAUUACUGCUACUACAUUGGCAACAAUGGGCUGACGCUGUUCAACUUUGCGCCUACAUCCUUCCAGGAUCUUUUGUACGAGGCCGCCGGCGACAGCGGCAGGCUGCAGUUUCUGGGUGCCUACCGAACCAUCAACAGCAUCGUCUUGCUCGCCAAUGGGAUUUCAUUCGCCAUUCAAGUGGUGUUGUUCCUUCUUCUGGGUAGUAUGGCGGACUAUGGCCGGUGGCGGCCCUGGAUUUUGAUCUUUUGGUCCGUCGUGGCCUUCGGGUUGGGCUUUGGUUGGCUCGGGGUGCAUACACAGGACAAAUGGCCCGUGGCGACUGGUCUGUACAUGGUUGGACUGAUCGCCUAUCAGAUGUGCCUCACCUUCUGGACCGCCGCGUUUCCGGGACUGGCGCGCAACACCCCCGAAAUGCGGCAGAAGGCGCAACAAUAUGAAGUUGGGGAGAUUAGUCGAGACGACUACGACUUUGCCGAUAUGAUGGCGCGCAACCGCAUCUACAAUGUGGCCUUUAUCAUGCAAAGCGCCGGAGAGAUCAUCAUUCUGGCGGUGCUCGUCGGCAUCCUGUUUGCGGUGAACGUCAACGCAAGUGCGGCCAACAACCUCUGGGGCUUGUCCGUCCUGAUUGCCUACGCCACCGGGGUGUGGAUUGUGCUGUCCAUUCCGUGGUUCAUCCUGGAGAAGAGGAGACCGGGCCAGCAGCUGCCGGCUGGGAUGAACGUCGUCAGCGUUGGCUUCUGGAACAUCUAUCGUGCUCUGACGCAGAUUUGGGAGCUGAAGCAGAGUUUGUUAUACCUUAUCGCAGGGUAUUUCUUACUUGGCGACUCCCUGAACACCACCGUCACGGUGAUUGCGACUCUCCAGAACUCGGUGGUGUCGUACAAUACCCUGACCUUGAAUUACCUGUUAAUCGUGGGGAUUGCAGCCCAAGGGGCUGGGAUCAUUGGCUAUUGGGUCAUCCAGAAGCGAUAUGGCCUCAGCACCAAAACCAUGUUUGAUGCUGUCAUGAUUGGCAUUCUUCUCCUUGACGGCUGGGGGAUGAUCGGCAUCUGGACUUCUCGGUUUGGCUUUCACCACGCAUGGGAGUUUUGGCUCUACCAGACCUUUUACGGCCUGUUCGUCUGCCAGUGGUAUGCUUACAGCCAGACGAUGAUCAGCGAGGUGACACCGCGCGGGAAGGAAUUCUUGUUCUUCAGUCUGUACAGUAUCAUGGGUAAGACGAGCGCGUUCAUCGGCCCGAUUGUGUCCAGCGCCAUCAUCGAUGCGGAUCCUAAGGGGAACAACAGUCUCCCCUUUUACUUCCUGUUUGGACUCAGCCUGUUGAGUUUUUGCUUGUUGUUCUUCUUCAUGGACUUGAAGCGGAGUCGGCGAGAACAGGAACGGUUUUUGGCCAAGGAACGGGCAGCCAAAGAAAGACGGGCGAGCGUCAUCAGUCAAGGAAGGCCGAUUGACGAUAGCAGGGUCAGCGUCAGCGACAGUCCAGGAAGUGCAAAAGCAGAAGAGGUCAAGGCUGGAGCGUAG